AUGGAAAAUACACAGUAUUAUAACAGACUUGUGGAGCUAAAUUUACUAGCAGAAGGUAUUUUUUGUAAAAACAAGCAGCUAUUGUUAAUCGAUAAUAAUUUGAAUGGUGUGAGAACAACCAAGGGUGGAUAUAGGAGAAAGGAAAUUACGAAAAAUGUCGGGAAACUAAGCACCUACAGUAAUUUAUUUUUGUCACUAAAUAAAAGCCAAAUUAAUGAUUAUUUAGAUAAUGUGGAGAAACUUCUAUCGGAAAAGAGGGACAAAGUAAGAGACAAGCGAAAAUUGCUCAUUAAUGAACUGGUAAAGCUAAACCCGAGUGUGACUGAAAUACCCCUAGAGGAAGCUAAGUUUUUACUAAGACAUUAA